AUGACCUCCUUUCCAUUUGAAGGUGUUGAGUUCAUCGACACACCUGCUGCCUCAAAGCCGGAGCCUUCCAACACCAAAUACGGUGUGAGGACAUCUGAUUCACCUGCUAUCAAGAAUGCACCUUUGCCAGCUGACGGUCCGGGCUCAAAACAUUUUUCCAAUUUGAUCGUUCUUGCACUUACGACUGGUAUCCCAUUCUAUGUUACCAGAAAACUAGGUGGUGGAAUCAAAACGUUCAUUUUCUUUUUCCUGUUGUUCGUUUUGCCAAUCCUCAUGGCCUACUGGACACUCGCAUCCACUUAUUCGCCUCGUUUGAAUGAGAAGGCCCAAUUCCCGGGAAAGCCAAUUGAGCACUACCUGACAUUCCACGACGAAAAGCUGGCUAAAAAAUACCAUGGUAAGAAAAUUCCAAUGGAGACUUUCCACGAAUUGUACUUUGCCAACAAAGUAUCCUUCAACGGGGACGCCCUCGAAAUCUUGGAAUACAGACACGACUGGGCUCAAUUUUCCUUCACCUUGUCACUAUUCAGAUUCUUUUUGUUGGGCAUGAUCCCUGAGGUAAUUUUACACACUAGGUCGCAGGAUGAAGAACAGGUCAGAGACCACUAUGACCGAGGCGAUGAUUUUUACGCAUGGUUUUUGGGCUCGAGAAUGGUUUAUACUAGCGGUGUGGUGUCUGACAUCACUACCGAAGAGACUUUGGAACAACUGCAGGACAAUAAAGUGAAAAUUGUGUGUGACAAAAUUGACCUACAGCCAGGAGAAUAUCUGCUAGAUCUAGGAUGUGGCUGGGGCACUUUAGCUACAUAUGCUUCUAAAGUCUACAAUGCUAAAGUUACGGGUAUAACUCUGGGAAGAAACCAAACCAAGUGGGGCAACGGUAAGCUAGAACUUCAAGGAAUUCCACAAUCUCAAUCUCGCAUUGUUUGUGCCGACUACAGAGAUACUCCUUUGGCUACCCCUGAAGGCAAGAAGUAUGAUAAGAUUACCUGUUUGGAGAUGGCUGAACACGUUGGAAUUAGAAAAUUCGGUUCUUUCCUCACGCAAGUUUAUAACAUGUUGGAAGAUGAUGGUCUCUUUUUUUUGCAAAUUGCCGGAUUGAGAAAAUCCUGGCAGUACGAAGAUCUCAUUUGGGGUCUUUUCAUGAACAAGUAUAUCUUCCCUGGUGCUGAUGCUUCUACACCUUUGGACUUUGUCGUUGCCAAGUUAGAAGGAUCUGGAUACGAGGUGGUUUCGAUCGACAACAUUGGUGUCCACUACUCUGCAACCUUGUGGAGAUGGUACAGAAACUGGAUGGGUAAUAAGGACUUGGUCAUUAACAAAUAUGGUAUCAAGUGGUUUAGAAUCUGGGAAUACUUUCUUGCCACGUCUACCAUUAUCUCAAGACAGGGAUCGGCUACUUGUUUCCAAAUCGUGUUGAGAAAAAACAUCAACUCUUACCAUCGUAUUGAAUACGUCCCUCACCAAAAGGGUUUGUUGACUCCGGUGAAGGAGGGUGUCAGCAAGUGGUUCAAAUGA